AAAACAACUCUUAUCUUCAAAUUGUAUAAUUGAAAACGAAAUAAUCCUAAAUAUAUCAGAAUGGCUGGUGUAGACAUAGUUAUAGAAGAGAAAAAAGAUGACGGCGUAGACCGUCAAAGGGUUUGCCCCUUUCUACUGCGGGUUUUCGUUUCAAAUAACGGUCACCAUUCAAAGCUGUCUGAUUUCAAUAAAGGUAACACCCCACAGAACGAAUUACAAAUUUACACAUGGAAAGAUGCCACUCUUCACGAGUUAACUCAAUUAGUGAAGGAAGUCAACCCUGAAGCCAGAAGGAAGGGCACUAAAUUCAGUUUUGCUUAUGUGUACCCAGAUGUUAGAGCACCCCUCUACCGGUUGAGGGAGAUUGGUAUGACAACCACAGGCGUUAAAGGACCUGAUGAUUUGAAAACCUUGAAUCAAGUUAGAUUCAAUAUUGGGGACUAUAUGGAUAUUGCUAUCACUCCACCAGACUCUUGGAAUUCAGGCAGAAAAGGAGGAUUCAAUAAUAGGGCACGACCAUACUAGUUUCCCAAAGUUACCUAAAGGGACUAGGAGUGAAUACUGUUUGAUUUUCGAUGAUAAGGAAACAUGAUGUUAAGUACACUAAUUUUUAUUUAACAACUUCACGAUGUGGGACAUGAAAUCGCCAAUUUUUUAUUGUAUUCAGGAACAUUGGAUAUUGAAUAAUAAAUUAUUUCUCUACUGUC